AUGUCUGCAACGCAGCUUUUGAACCCCAAAGCCGAAUCCCGUCGCAGAGCAGAGGCACUUCGAAUCAAUAUCAACGCGGGAGAAGGCCUCCAAGAUGUUCUCAAGUCGAACCUGGGCCCUUCGGGCACAAUUAAGAUGCUGGUCGACGGGUCGGGUCAAAUAAAACUCACAAAAGACGGAGCGGUCUUGCUGAAAGAGAUGUCAAUACAAAACCCCACCGCCACUCUGAUUGCUCGAGCCGCAACGGCGCAGGACGACAUCACUGGCGACGGCACGACAUCUGUAGUGUUGUUGAUUGGAGAGCUUCUGAAGCAAGCAGACAGAUAUAUCCAGGAAGGUUUGCAUCCAAGGGUUAUCACGGAUGGCUUUGAGAUUGCCAAAACUGAGACUCUUAAAUUUCUCGACACAUUCAAAAUCAGCCGUGAAGUCGACCGCGAUCUGCUCCUCUCGAUCGCCAAAACCUCUCUCUCCACAAAGAUUAAUGCCGCUCUUGCUGCACAGUUGACGCCUUCCAUAGUUGACGCUGUAUUAGCCAUUCACCGGCCUCCGCAAAAACCCGACCUACAUAUGAUCGAAAUCAUGAAAUUGCAACACAAACUUAGUUCUGACACCACCUUAAUUCGAGGAUUGGUGUUGGACCAUGGAGCGCGACAUCCUGACAUGCCAAAACGAGUAGAAAACGCUUUCAUUCUCACGUUGAACGUUUCCCUCGAAUACGAAAAGUCUGAAAUCAAUUCCGGGUUCUAUUACAGCAGCGCCGAACAACGAGACAAAUUAGUCGCUUCUGAGCGUCGCUUUGUCGAUGAAAAGCUCAAGAAGAUCGUGGCUUUAAAGAAUGAAGUUUGUGGUUCCGAUCCCAAAAAGGCCUUUGUGGUGAUCAAUCAAAAAGGCAUUGAUCCACUGAGUUUGGACGUGCUGGUCAAGAAUGGCAUCUUGGCGCUGAGGCGCGCAAAAAGACGGAACAUGGAACGUCUUCAACUUGUCUGUGGUGGAAAAGCGCAAAACAGUGUAGAUGAUCUCGACCCUUCGGUGCUUGGAUGGGCAGGACUUGUUUGCGAGCAAACCCUAGGGGAGGAGAAAUACACCUUUGUGGAGGAAGUGAAAGACCCAAAAUCUGUCACACUUCUAAUUAAAGGCCCCAAUCAGCACAGCAUCACCCAGAUCACAGAUGCGGUACGAGAUGGUCUACGGAGUGUGUACAACACUAUUGUGGACGGUUGCGUCGUUCCCGGAGCUGGAUCGUUUCAAAUCGCUGCUGCGGCACACCUUUCAUCAGAACCAGUGCGCAAAACCGUCAAGGGCAAAGCAAAAUGGGGUGUCGCUGCCUUUGCAGACGCACUCUUGAUCAUACCGAAAACACUUGCCGCAAAUUCCGGACAUGACAUCCAAGAUGCACUCGCCGCUCUGCAAGAUGAAUUUACCGAAGGGAACGUGGUGGGAUUGGACCUUGUGACUGGAGAACCAAUGGAUCCUGUGCAAGAAGGUGUGUUUGACGGGUUUCGCGUGUUGAGAAACAGUAUUGCGAGUAGCCAGGGAAUUGCGAGUAAUUUGCUGUUGUGUGAUGAAUUACUGAAGGCAAGGCAGAUGGGGAGACAACCGGCUCCUGGAGGGAUGGAUCAGGGAGAAUGA